GGAAAAGAAGCCUGAGCAGCUAAGGAUCAGAGUUUGCUGUUUAGCACACUUUCGCUCAACAACUUGCAGUUACGAAACAUACUUCAAUCUUCUUUGACAACAGAAAACACAUGUUGGCUCCUGUUGAUGAUGUUGUGGCAUGGGGAGAGUCACUCGACCAUCUUCUUGAGUGUAAAACAGGCCAGUUGGUGUUUGAAGAUUUCUUGAGGACAGAAUACAGCGAGGAGAACCUUCUAUUUUGGCUGGCCUGCGAGGACUACAGGAAAAUUACCAACGAGACAAAAAUGACGCUUGCUGCCAAAAGGAUCUAUGCAGAGUUUGUCCAAGUCGAUGCGCCCAGACAGAUAAACAUUGACUGUGUGACGAGAGAAGAAAUCAGUGAAAAUAUCUCUCAGCCGGGGCCAAAUUGCUUCGACAGGGCGCAGAGACUGAUAUAUGGUCUGAUGGAAAACGACUGUUAUCCGCGAUUUCUGAAAUCAGAAAUCUACCAAGCUCUCCUGGAACAGCAAUGAAAGCAACAUGAGGGAAAAAAAGAAGCUCGUCCACCGCCUCCCCGAAUGAUUGAUUCUGCACUUCAGCCGACUCUCCUUAGAAUCGCAGUUUUAAACAAAAAAGGCUUGUCUGUCAGAGGAAGCAGAAGUGAAAGGAGAUACAGAGUUGUAGAUAUGGGGACUGACAGGAUCUGAAAGCCAGACAUGAUCUAAAUAAUGCAUUACAUAGCUUUUGAUGUCAAUUUUUGUUUGGAUUGCUUUUUAUUGCAUAAAAAAGGUCUAAUUCAGAACAAAAAUUGACACCAAGUUCUGAAAGGUUGUUUGAAAAGGCAAGUGUCAAGAGUAAAAUGUUUCCAAUUUGUGCCAUUACAAUAAUACUAAUCAAGGGCUUUUAGUUUCUUUAAAGUUCUUUGUCCUGUGAUGAAACACUGUCAACUGCCCAAUAUGAACAUGUAUGGUUUUUGACCCCAGUGACUCGUUAUUUUGGUCUGUUAAAAUACAGAAUGAUUAUAUUGACUGAGUGAUUCCACCCUCUGAUUAUAUUUAACAUCCAAAAUCCUGUUAUUAUCUUGUUGCAUUCCUGAAUAGUCGGUUACAUUAGUCUAUUUAGUCUGUGAUUGAACCCAUGUCAUUUUUUUGUUUGAUAUACAUCCUAUGAAAGUAUAAUGGUUACUUUAAAGCAUCCCUUACUGCCUGAUCUUAAGUUAUUUUUGACAGUAAAUAUUGUUGUUAGAAUUAAAACUCUGUGUUGUUUUUGUGGGACAUGUUCUGCAGCUGUUGUGGCUCAAUAUGAUGAUUAAUAAA